CAAGGGUUUCACUAGCUACUUGCCCACGCACUCUGAAGCGUAGAUAGUAGUCAUAAACUGCCCUCAUCGAUAAGCGCGUAUGUCUGUCCCUCCUGCCAAGCUGAUUUCUCGCCGAAACAAGGGGCUAGACAGAUCAAGGAGUUCAUACACUUCGUCCAUCCCUGCAGUCGUUCCUGUGAGGCGAUCGCCAUCUCCGAAACCAGCGGCUAUCAAAACGCGUCGAGCGCUAGUACGCCAAUAUCAUUCCCCGACGUCCUCCAGUACAGAUGCAGCCCUUCCUCCAUCUGUACCUCCCUAUGGUUCCAAGUACAACGGGAGGACUACGCCAGAUGCUCGGCCAGUACAACAUGGUCCUGUGAUCUCGCGGCUUCACCGCUCACGGACGCAAUCGACUCAAUCUCUUCAGCAACAGACAGGAGAGAGUACAGAGCUAUCGAGACACCAUAUACACUCACCGUAUAGUGCUGCGCGACGACCUGUCGUCGCAAGGUGCAACUGUGACCUGUGUGAUCAACUUGAAAUAGAUAUUCCACAGACAAUCAAAGUGUUGCCUCCACGUGCGAGGAAGAAGAAGGCAUUAUGCAUCGGCAUAAACUACAAAAGCCAGGAUAGAGAGCUUCGUGGCUGUGUGAAUGAUGCUUGGAACAUUGCGGAGUUUCUAAAAUCCUUCUGGAAUUACGCGAAAGAGGACAUCAUGGUGCUCACAGAUGAGCCAUACAAUCUGAAGUACAUGCCGACGAGACGGAACAUCCUUAGCGCGUUGCGAUGGUUAGUGAAAGACGCCCAGCCUGGAGAUUGCUUAUUCUUUCACUACUCUGGACAUGGAGGACGAAUCGUCGACUUGGAUGAUCGCCGUGUGGAUGGUCACCGUGUAGAUGGAUUUGAGAAGGUUGACUGGGAACGCGCUGGUGAGAUUGUGAGCGAGGACUUAUACGACGUGAUGGUCAAACCCCUACCCGCUGGCUGCUGCCUUAAUGCGUUGUUUGAUUCAUGUUAUUCUGGAUCCGUCCUCGAUUUGCCAUACAUCUAUCAACCCAGUGAUCACCGAAAACAGCAUGCUACGAACUCUCGAGCUCUUACAAAGUACCCCCAAGCUCAUGUGGUAUUAUUUGCAAGCUGUAGUGACUUCCAAGGUAGCGGCGGCGUUAUCAUAAGGGGUGGAGAGUUUCUUGGAGCCAUGUCCUCUGCCUUCAUCUCGUCACUUACGACCAACCCAACCCAGACAUAUCUGCAGGUACUUGGGUCUGUGCAGGUUAUCUUACGUCGGACUCAGAGGCAGACGCCGCAGCUGUCGAGUUCGUAUCCAAUUGAUUCUAGUCAACAAUGCCUCUUUUAAUUUAGUUUUUCCUUCUACGAUUUGUACAUACAACAGGGAAGUUCUCAGACGUGUACGCCUAUUUAUGAUUCUAUACUCGUUUGUUGAGAUGUGUGGAUACUAAUUGAAUACCUGAUCAUUAAGAACAAGA